CGUGCGAGUGAGAAACUACCGACUACCGAGAGGAUUUUGCACGUGUGGAACAUUGCACACGUGCGGCCAUAAGAGAGCGCUUCCGGCGACGGUAUCUUUUCCCGGCAACUAGUCUAGCGAUGAGCUGCCUUUGCGGUUCCUCGACUUCUACACUGCGAAUAUGCGAUGCAUCUUUCGGAGUGAAGUGAAACUAGCGAUCAUACCCAUUUCCCGCGAUUUUACGGCCGGAAAGUACUCCGACGCCGGGAAAACGAAGAGAUGGAUGUCUCUCUGACCAGUUCUCUUGUGAUAUUUGGCAGGUAUUCUCUAUCAUGGAUGACAUUCAAGUUUGGAAACUUUACGUUCUACUGUUGUGGCUAGGAUUUUCGUGUUUUCUCUGAAAGAUAUGGUAAUGAUUCAAUUGAAAAAUGGGAAGUUCUAUCACAAGAAACUCGUUUUCUCGACGGAUUUAUUACAAUACUGUGCGAAGCUAUCUUGUUUACGACUUUUGUAAAGGACUGUCGAGUGGUUUAUAUACAGUGGCAUCAAUUCUUGUGUGGUUUACAUACAGUGGAAACAGUCUUCGUGGACUUCUUACAAGGUGUCUUGUGUUUGUGGUUCCAUGUUUUGCUGACUGAUUCUGUAACUGUAUUGCCUAUUCUUCAGGCCGAACAUGAGUUUCUCAGGGAGAAUUCCAUUCCUGUCCAAGAAUAUUUUGUGUACCUUCCACUUUCAAACGAGAGGCCACAAAAUGUUUGGAAGACAUUACCACCUCACAUUUAUGGCUCCCUUUUCUGUGAUUUCAGAACAGAUCUCUGCAAGAUUUCUCUAAAACAAUAAAAAUUAAAAAAAAAAAAGACAAAGCACAAUGUCACCUCACCUUGAGCCGGUUGCUGAGCUUGAGAGCGUGAAAACACGUGGCAAUAGUCCUCGAAGUCCUGGCUUCUCAAGCGUCGAUCAGCUUCUCUAUGCCAGUGAAGCUUCAAGGCGGUCUCCUUCUUCUACGCCAAGAGAGGAUGAUGCCCUUGAAGGAGAUCAUUCCCACCAUAAGAAGUCACUGUUUGGAAAAAUGAAAGAAAAGGCAAGAAAAUUGAAGCAUAGUCUCAGCAACAAGAAGAAGUACGGGGAAGAGGGAGAUACAACGCCAUCAUGGAGUGCCAGGUCGGAAGACCGGGAAGCUGGAGAGGAAGAAGAAGAAGAAGGAGAUCCUGAAUAUUUCGGAGCCCCAAUGUACGAAUCAGAGAUGGCUCCAGUGGAAAUGAAGGAGACUGCAAGGCAGCAUCCACGGGCAGAUCCAGUGAUCCCUGAGAACCAUGUCUUGUCUGUCCCGGCCAAACAUGGUUCUGAUCUCGAACAGCAGAAACCUACUGGUUCUGACAUGACAAAGACUGGAUAUGCGCCCGAGAACUUGGCUUUGGCUGACAAAAAAGAAGAAUCUUGGGCUAGUAAGAGCAAGACAGUUGCAGAAACCGUGACUGAGAAGCUAGCACCGGCUUAUGCUAAAGUCUCUGAUGUCACUCAGGCUAUAGGUGCAAAGAUUCAAGGUCUGGCUGUUUCGGCCUCCAUGGUGCAGAACACAGAAAGGGGUGACGUUUCAGGAACUGACAAGCCCAUCACCAUUGGAACUGACAAUCCUGUUGAUUCUGAGAGUAAGGUUUGGGACAAAGGUGUAUCGGUGAAGGAGUAUAUAAUGCAGAAGUUUGAGCCUGGGGAAGAUGACAGAGCGCUUUCUCGAGUCAUAUCUGAAGCCAUCAGUCCUCGGAAAGCUUCUGGUCAUGGUGGAACGGUCUGGAGAGCGGAAGCCAUAGAAUCAGCUCCGAUAAGUUCAGGACAAAGAGCUCCCAUUUCAACCAACACACAUGAAAUUGCAGUUGCAGAGGAAGAAAAACAUGGAAAAGUGCUUCAACUGAACUAAAGAAGAAGAGGGUUUCCUCUGCUCUUGUAGCAUUAUAUUACCCAAAAAAAAAUCCAAAUCUCUGAUGACAAAUUCCAAUUACUCUUGGAAGAAGAAUAUAUAAACUGUUGUUUUGUACUUAAGCUUCAUGUUUUCACCAGCAACCAAGCUUGGUGUUUUUUUUUUUUACAUUUUUGUUGUAUACAUAAGUAUAUUCAAGAUUGUAAUGCAUUCUCUUGUAUUCAUUUGAAUAAAUGGACCUCUCUGGUUCCAGCAAUAAUAAGCCUCCAAGGCAAUUUUUUCCUA